ACUUUACUCAAAGUUUGGCAUAUCUUCGAUAUUUACUUACUGGUACCCCCCGGUAACAAGGUAUGAUCAUGGCAGACUUCCGGAUGGAUAUGCAUUCCAUUGUAACAGCUCUUCUCGGUGCACGUUAUCGUGGAGGAAGAACUAGAGGAAUACUGAAGAAAUAGAAAUGGGUAACGCAGAAGUAAAAUUAUAAACUGACGAACAACUUUUGCAGAACGAACGAACGAAGAGGUUCAAGAACGAGUGACGUGGAUGUCUCUCUGAUGCGACUCAUAUACUCUACCUGCGCCGAUCUGACGUCACGGGUAUGCCUCUUAUCAGGAAGGAGCCCCAAUACCUGGUGAAAAAUGUCUGCUGUUUAUCCAAUAUUGCCAAAGUUAGUUGUACAGGAUGGUUAUGAUGAUGAUGAUCUGACAGAUAUUGAUGAUGAAGUGUUCAUUAGAGAUGGAAAGAAUGGUUUAAAAUUAUAUGAUGAUGGCGGUGUUAAACAGCCUUUAAUGACACCUCGUAGAAGAUACAAAAAAGCAUUUUAUGUACCCUUGUGUUUUGGAUUCAUGGCAUUAGUGAUAUUAUUAAGUUUAAUUACACUAUGUAUUUAUAUCAUAAAUGUAAUUCCUAUGCCAUUAUCAAUUCUGAAAAAUUGGCUAUCACACGAUCCUGGAGAUACAUCAAAAGAAUCUAAUAUAGCUCCAUGUACAUCAUUUGCAACAAAACUUUUAUGGAUUAAAUCUUUACCCAAGUUAACACCUGAAUCUCCAUUAAGAAGUACUGAUGUUAAUGGUGAUGGAAUUGAAGACAUAAUCGUUGGAUUUAGUACAGGUUUGGAUGUGAUAAAUACUCCAGAGUAUAUUUGUGCUCUAUAUUUUGAAGGACAAAUUCCAUGUUUUGGUGGAGUUCUGGCUUUAAAUGGUGAAACAGGAGAUGUACUUUGGAUACAUUGGACAACUCGUGCAAUUUUUUCAGUUGAUUGUAGCUUGGAUAUAACGAAGGAUAAAAUUAAAGAUUGUAUUAUAUGUGGACAUGGGGGGAUACUUCAUGCUGUCAAUGGUCAUGAUGGGUCCAGCAUUUGGGAAAUCCCAAUUAGAGAAUUGUCAGCUUCAGAGGAAUGGAAACUUUCAGAUAUUUAUGAUGCAAAAUUUAUUGCUGAUAUUGAUGGAGAUGAAAUUGGAGAUAUUAUUGCAUCACAUACUAUACAGUCAAGAGAAAUUCAUUCAAGUGAAAUUCUUAUAAUAUCAGGAAUCAAUGGAAAUAUAAUACACAGUUCAGCUGUACCAAAUACAGAACAAUUAUAUUUAGCACCUCAAAAAUUAAUACAUCCAGAUGGAGAAAAUAUUUUUGUUCUUGUAACUAGUAGUCAGAAACAAUCAGGAGGGCUGUACAUAGUUCCUCAAGUAGAUCUAAUGUAUGGCAAUUUGAAUUUACGAAAACUGCAUCAUGAUACAGGAAAAGGAACUUUAUUGCCACCCAUUUUGGUGGAUGUAACAUUAGAUGGAAUUGAAGAUAUUGUUACUACAAUGUUUGACUCUACAAUAAUAGUUUAUAACGGAUUAACAUUUGAGCCUGUUUGGAAUUAUACUAUUCCUAAUUCUGAAGUAAUAAGUAUACCUAUUCCUGGAUAUUAUAAUGAUGAUAAUAUACCAGAUUUUAUGGUGAAACAUCAGAUAGGUUCAGGUUUUCCAACGUAUUAUUAUACAGUAGCAACGAUUAUAGAUGGUAAAACUGGUAAACCACUGUUAGAGAAACCAAUAGAAGAUAGUUUAAGUAAAGAAAUGUCUGGCUUAUCUGUUACCGUUGAAGGUUUUGGAAAUGAUUGGUUUUUGCACUGGUCAGUUGAUUGUUUAAACUAUGAAGGGAUUAAAGAAAAAUAUCAGUUUUUAAAAAGUGAAGGUCUAAUACCUGAAUCGAACAUUGAUCUUUCUAAACUAAGGUCUAAUUCCACUUUGAUUACAACUUUAUAUGCUUUAAAUCAGCAUGUUGGACCACCUGGUAUAUCGUUAUACUUUUCGAUAGACUAUAAACAUUCUUUGGGAUAUAAUAACUCUAUGAGUUCUAAAAUGGAAUCAUAUGCGGAUAUGCCAUUUGUAUCUGAAAGAUCACCAAAGACUGAUAGAAAUCAGAAAGAAAAUAUCGUUACCGAAGAUCUUCAAGAUAAAUCUGAUGAUAUGAAUAACUAUUAUGAAACUUAUGGACAAUUUGUUACUAAUAAAAAGUCCUCUUCUAUUGAUAGCCAAAAUGAUAAUGUAAAUAAUUUUAAUCAGGACUACAUUUUACAAAAUGAAAAUAAAUGGACGAAAACAAAUGCACAAGUAAACAAAGAUUAUGACAUGAUAUAUGAUGGUAAUAAUAAUAUUAAUAUAAAAGAAGAACGGUCUAUAGAUUAUUUACAAGUAAAUGAAGUACAAGGAAGAAAAAAUAACACCAACAAUAUAUUUAUUCAGAAACUCAAUGAAAAUCUAAAUAAUUUAUCAAAUAUUACAAAUACAACUGCAGAUAUAAAAAAUGCCAAUGUAGAAACUAUGAUAACAAGUAAAAGAACAAUAAAGGAAAUAAAUACAAAAGAAAAACCGACAAUAGAACAAGUAAAUAAAUUUCAGGAUAAUUUUAAAACACAGAAAACAAAAAGAGAAGUAAAUGUCAAACAUAAUAGAAUUUGUCCAAUGUAUGGUGUACAAAAGCAACCACCAACUGGUUUAUUAUUGCCUUCUAUUUUAAAAUCAAAAAAAUCAACUUCUAUAGAUUUAAUAUUUUCUACAUUUUCGUUACCGUCUUACGACAUACCUGUAACACUGGUUCAGGAAGAUUUAGAUUGUAUUCAAAGGAAAAAAAUUCUUUCAAAAAAGAAAUUGCAGUAUAUAAAAAAUGAUGAUAUUGUCAAAGAAUGUUUAAACGAACGGGGUGUUGAUUACAAUACAUAUCAAGAAAUGAUAGUAUUUAGAAUAAAACUAGAAUGUGUAUGUCCAGAGGAUAUGUUGCCUAAUCAAAGUUGCAAAAAUAUUUCAUUACAUCAGAGUUGGUCUGAAUAUUUAGGUUCACAUGGAAACGGAUAUUUUAAACCACUUUACGAAGCAAAUUUUGGAUAACUAUUUUGUCUCCUUAUUCUUUUAUAAAAUGUACGUGAAAAAUUGAUUGUUUUCACUAUAUGGAAAACAAAGUACAUACAGUGAUAUCGCGUUAACCGAUCACGUUUACCCUUUGAAACCAGCUUUGACGGUAGCCGAUCACGUCCCGACCAGAAUAGUGAUUGGUUAACGCGAUUUUACUGCAUAUAUUGUUUAAUAAAUUGAACUGAAAUAAUUAGCUACUUAAGAAGUACAUAUUACAGUUCUUAUUUAAAUUUCAUUAUUUGUAGGUUCAAUUGAAUUCGUAUACUAAUUGGGUAUAACUGUUCCUUACACGUGUAAUGACAGCUGUCAUUACUAAACUUCAAUACAAUUUGGUACUAAUAUUCUAAGUACAUUAUACUUGAUAAGUAUAUAUAUCAGAUGACUUAUAUUAAUAGAAUAUAUUUACAUGUUAAAAAAUGAUAUAACCUAUAUAUGUAUAUAUAUAUAUUUUAAAUUUUUAAAUUGAUCGCUAUCAUGAGUCAAUUGCUUUA